AUGCAGUUAUCUCUUGAAAAUUUGAAACAAGAAGCAAAAAAGGCCGCAGCAGAUGUCGUACAGCUUCUAAAGCGGGCCAAAACUUACAGAAUUGUUAUAUUGAUUAUUGGACGUCCUGGCUCUGGAAAAUCCACGUUUGCGUCUCUUCUUGAAGAUGAAUUAAAUAAUAUGUUUAAGACAGGAAAAUGCACAUAUGAUUUCAGCUCUAAUUUAGCCACAUUGGAAACAGGCAAAAGAAGUUUACCAUUAAAUGAUGCGCAUACCAGAGUGUUACCAAUUCAUAUGGAGGAACUUCAAAAAGAGAUAGACGAACAGAUUGACAAAUCAGACUUCGAGCCAAUCACAUACGUUAAGCCCCACAAUAUUGAUGAAUCGGUCAUUAUUGGUCGUGGAAUGCUUUCUACUGCUAUUUCCACGUUUGCCGCGCCUGGCAACGAAAAAAAUCAUACGUUUGCCAAAAGAAUUACAAUGGAUGGAUUUCAUCUUCCAAGAAGCGUAUUACAUAAAGCCAAAAAUUCAGAAUUCAUGGUGAAAAGAAGGGGCUCUGAAUUUACAUUUGAUUCCGGGUUGGUUGUGAGACUUGUGCAGAAACUUGUAAGCACAUGCGAAAGAUGUAACCUUACGAAAGAGGGAGUGACUUUAAACAGCAAAAAUCCUUUAUGGGUGUUUAAAAAUCCUCCGUUACCCGAGCUAUCGAUACCAGACUUUGACCAUGAGAAGAAAGAUCCCACACCAGGCGGCACAAUUGUAAAUUCGGAUGUAAGAGUGGUCAUAUUAGAGGGUCUUUACUUGAUGUAUAAAGGGGGACUAUGGAAGCAAAUACCUAAUAUAGUGAAAGAAAAUCACGAUAAGGUGCAUGUGUGGAAAGUGAAAACCAACAAUCCUGAACUUGUUAGGGAAAGAACAGCAGAACGUCAUGUUAAAGCAGGAGUUUGCAAAACGCUUGAAGAUGGCAGAGCUAGAUAUGAUAUGAAUGAUAACAUCAACGGAAAUUUGGUGGACGAUGAAAGUAGAGACGAGUUUAUUGAGAAGGUAAUAAACAAUUAG